UUUCCUGCAUCAGUAAUCCCACCCUCAGAAAAUUAACAUGGCCUCAUCAUCUCCCUCUCUAUCUUUCACGGUGCGUAAGUGCCAACCCGAGCUAGUGACUCCUGCUAUACCCACUCCUCACGAAACUAAACUACUAUCUGACAUAGAUGAUCAAGAAUUCCUGCGUUUCACUUAUUCAAUCAUACAAAUUUAUCGUAACGAAUCAUCGAUGGCAAAUAAAGACUCCGUGAGAGUGAUUCGGCAGGCACUAGCGCAAACACUUGUGUUCUAUUAUCCAUUUGCAGGUAGACUUAGGGAAGGGCGUGGUCGCAAAUUGAUGGUGGAUUGUACUGGGGAGGGCGUCACAUUUGUUGAGGCUGACGCAGACAUAACACUUGAUCAAUUUGGUGACGCUCUCCAACCUCCAUUCGUAUACUCUAGUGAAUUCCUAUGUGAUGUUCCAGACCCGCAAGAAGAACUUACAACCUGCCCCCUUCUACUCAUACAGGUCACACGACUCAAGUGUGGUGGUUUCAUCGUGGCCACUGGGUGGCACCACACCAUGGCUGACGGAGCUGGUUUGUCACAAUUCAUGAACGCGUGGGCUGAAAUGGCUCGAGGCGCAAGGGCUCCUUCCAUUGCACCUGUGUGGCGUAGGGAGCUCCUAAUGGCAAGAGAUCCACCACGCAUUACACGUAACCAUCGCGAAUACGAGCAUAUCGAAGACACCAAGGUAGGAACUAAUUCACACGAUAACCUUGUUCGUCGAUCAUUCUUCUUUGGACCCACUGAGAUCGCUGCCAUUCGUCGCUUGGUUCCCUACCACCUUCGGCAUUGCACCGCGUUUGAUGUUAUCACAGCGUGCUUGUGGCGCUGUCGCACAAAAGCACUGCAAAUAGAGCCAGACGAGGAUGUUCGUAUGAUGUGCAUCGUGAACGCGCGUUCUAGGUUUAAGCCUCCGCUACCUGUUGGUUACUACGGAAACGCUUUUGCAUACCCCGCAGCGAUCACCACCGCAGGGAAGCUUUGCGGAAAUCCAUUUGGGUAUGCUGUGGAGUUAAUAAAUAAAGUGAAAAGUGAGGUGACAGAGGAGUACAUGCAUUCUGUGGCGGAUCUAAUGGUGAUUAAGGGACGAUGCAUGCUGACAACUGUUAGGUCUUGUCUCGUGACGGAUUUGACACGUGCGCGGUUUAGGGACGUGGAUUUUGGAUGGGGCAAGGCAGUGUCUGGUGCACCAGCAAUAGAUAAGGCUGAGCCCUUUCCUGCAGCAACACAUAUUGUGUCAUAUAAGAAUCCAAAAGGAGAAGAUGGGUUAGUGUUACCAGUUUUGUUGCCUGCAGAAGCUAUGAACAGGUUUCUCAAAGAGAUGGAUGACUUGCUUGGGAACACAAACCAACCCACAGGAGCUGGUCCUGGUUUUAUCAAGUCUACCAUCUAGAUUGCAGCUUUUCAAACUCUUGAGGCAGACUGAUAGCAACAUUAUCUCAUCAUAUACUCUUUUUUUUUUUAUUAUUAUUAUUUCUCUUCAUUAUUAUAUUA